GAAACCCCCUCCCCCUAUGACCCCUGAUACUCCAAAACCCAUCCCACCUGAGAGAGGGUCGGCAAAGAAGAAACGGAAAGCUCCCCCUCCCCCCACAGUGACUCCCCCUACCCCAUCGGUGUCUCCCCCUCUACCGUCAGAGUCUCCCCCUCCCCCUACAGUUUCUCCCCCUGCCCCCUCGUUGCCUCCCCCUUCGGUGUCACCCAUUGCCAAGGAAAUUCCUUCCAAACUUCUAACCAAUGAAACAGCUGAAAAAGAGGAGGACAGAAGAAAAGAUGAAUUGACAGACAGUGGAUUGGAGUUGAGCAUAUCAACCCCUAGCCAGGAGGUUGCCCCCACCCUGCUGCCCCCACCCCCUCCCGCAGUUUUACAGACGCAUGUGUCGCAGGACGGCAGGGCUCCGGACGGCACCCAGGAGGAGAAAUCUACCUCACCGAGUGGAGAUUCUGGCAUCAAUGUAGACAUUGGCACAGUGGAGCCACCCUUACUAUCACCACCUGUUGUUCCAACCAUCCUACCAGGGAAAGGAUCUAUAUUGGAGCAAAAAAUAGAGGAGCAGGCAGCGCAGGAGAGUGCACAGGAGUUUCAGAACUUCCUGGAUUCUCAACCGGAGAAGUCUCUUCUACCUGAUGUACCUGCCGUAGCUGUACCUCCGACACCCCUGGAGGAAGACGAGGUUAUAGCCGAGCAGAAGGAAAAGCCUGAAAGAAGCAGGUACUCCCCCAGUGCACUCACCCAGCCUUUUACGCUCCCACCUGUGGACUUGAAUCAGACGCCGACAGAGGAAAUCAUCUUGAGCUCCAGUAGCGAGUCCGAGUCAGAACCAGACGACAGCAAGUACAAGAACAUCCGGGUUGACGAAGUAGAUAAAAAGAGAUCCUCAAUGUCUUCCGAACCUGAAGAAAGACCCGGUUCUACGGAGGGAGUGUUUCUGGCCACUAUGGUCAGCGUAGCAAGUAGUGAGGAGUCUUUGUCAGAGGGCGAGGAAGAGCCACAGGUUGUGAUGACGUCUCCUGCGUCAGCCAAGCAGCUGAGGGAUCAGUUCUUCAACGACAUGAAGCCGACGUCAGGACUAGAAAACAACAUCAUGUCCCCAGGGACUCACACUGUAAAUAAUACCGAGGAAAUACACGACACACGGACUCCAACAAAGCAAAUAUCCUCGACAGAAAGUAGUGAAUUGGACAGUAUCGGUCAGCCUCAAGCAAUUCUUGACCAGCAGCCGGGAACGUCCAGCCCAGUCCUGGUUGACCCCUCCAAACCAGACAGUAGAGGUGGGCUGCAGGGGGUCAACGGGACGCCAGAAGGCAGCUUUAUGGUGUAGGUUAUUUCAAAUCUUUUGGAAGUACAUGUAAGUCUUGCAAUAAGUAUUUAAGACAUCUGUUUACAUAUCCUGUAUGUUGACAAAAUAGCAAAAUUGACAAAUUAGUGAGGUAAAUGAUAGGCACUAGCAGUAGGUGCAGGUGAGUAAAAUUUGUUAAAUCUAAAAUACAAAUAAUAUGGCUGAACAAGACCAUUUUAUGUCACAAGUUUUCAUGGGCAUCUAGAUAGGAUUCCAUGAAUAUGUGAGAAGCUAGCAAACUGUACUGCUAACUUCUGAAUCAAGAAAAUACAAUGUCAUGCAGAGUGAAGCCAGU